AGAUUCUUGUGUUUACAUGCUCACUGACACGGUCACACUGACCGUUGUGCCGCUAGCAUUCAUUUGCAACACUCACACUUAUCGGUGUGUGUUAUCGGCAACAUACUUGCGGCUGGCAGUGCUGCACAUUGAGCGCGCAAUUCAAAUUUGUUUGACAAUACAAAUGAAACAACAAAUUAGUUGGGCAAACAAUAAAUAAUUCUGUGCAGCUUCAACAAAUAGCUGGUACACAGCUUCCUAUUAUUGCACAGCUCAGUUUGAUGGCUUUAUAACCCAAUUUCACUGCUAAUUGCGCAAGUAAAUAUUUAUUUGGUUUGCUGACGAAGAAUAUUUUCAGGCGCCUGAUACGAUUCUUCAGCAUUGUCAUAACGGUUGUGACUGCUGUUGGAACUCGUAAUGCAUAUACUUCUCCGCCUGUUGUCAGCGCUGUGCCUCUUGCAACUCUUGCACGCCGCUUACGAUGUCGUUGCACCCACACAGAAUUUAACGGCUUACCUUCAUGCACGUCAGAAGCGUCAUCAACUGGUUUAUCCAAAUGGAGCAACCAUUCGCCUGGUCGUCGGCCCUGUGAUGGGUGUGCAGCUGGACGAUCCGGUUGUGUGGCGUAGUUUCCUUCAUUACUAUACGCUGCACUUUGGAGGAUACUCAAUGCCCUCGACGCCUUUGUAUCCCUGGGACAAGUGGGAGACUAUUUUUGCCAGAUCGUUGAACGAACAGAUCCGACAGCUGGAUGCCUCGCAUGAGGAUGACACACGACUCUUUGCCUACACUGCAUUGGAACAAUACAUGGACAGCGCCAGUGGCGUCACGGGUCGUGGUCGAGAGUGCUUGCUGCGUGCCAUGUGCGAGAAUGCGCAAGUGCAUCAUCAUGUGGGGAUUAUGGCCGAGCUGUUAAAUGUGCUGCUAACACCCGGCAAGGCGUUUCUCGGGGAUGUUUACAGGGAGGCGUAUGCUGCAGGCGUGGCAGGUGUGGAUUGCUUGCGGCACUUUCCGGGCUGCCCUCGAGGUGACUCUGUGCUGGACGCCUUUGCUUUGGAUGUGAGCCAUUAAAGUGCAGGUUUGUGGGUUGACUUAGCGGGCCAAGCUCAGCUUUAAAGUCUGAAUUCAA